AUGGCCGAGUACAGUGCGCAACCCGUCAACGGGUUGCCUCAGAAUGGAGAGACGAGACAGCAGGUCACCCGCGGAUCGAACGAUCGCUUUGAGCUCAUCUCCGGCCCACUGAUCAACCUCAAGAACAUGCACUACCAAGCUUCGACCACCUGGCACGGGAGUGUCCUGAUUGUCACAAAGCCAACCCAGGAACAGCCCCAGUUGCGCCUGCGCCAGGUAGGCGCCGUGGAUAGCGGAAUCCAGAAUGACGACGGCAGCCCCCAAACAAGCCAACAAAUUGACGGCCUUAAGCUCUACGAGGACCCCCUCAAAGCGUUCUGGCGAUUCUCGCUCACUGUGCCAGUCGCAGCAUUCGAGGCACGCUGGGCGUACGACAUCCCCGGUUUGUACAACGAGUCUGGGGCCCAGGUCCAGGCGCCGUGGGAAUUUGUCGUUCCGGCAGAAGAGCAGUCCAUGCGCAUUAUGUUCCACUCGUGCAAUGGCUUUUCUGUCGGCACGGACAUGAACGCCUGGGUGGGGCCAAACCUGUGGAACGAUGUGAUGCGCGUACAUGGCGAGAAGCCAUUCCAUGUUAUGGUUGGUGGCGGUGACCAGAUCUACAACGACGGUAUUCGUGUGGAUGGCCCCCUCAAGCCUUGGACUGCCAUUGGGAACCCGCACAAAAGACGCAACCAUGACUUUGAUAAUAAGAUGCGCGCUGAUUGCGAUGACUACUACUAUGCCAACUAUGUCCGCUGGUACAACACCGAGCCAUUCCGCACUGCCAAUGGCCGCAUCCCCCAGGUCAAUAUCUGGGAUGAUCAUGAUAUCAUCGAUGGAUUCGGCUCGUACACAGAUCACUUCAUGAAGUGUGCUGUCUUCCGUGGUAUCGGCGGUGUCGCUUUCAAAUAUUACUGCCUCUUCCAGCACCACAUGGCUCCUCCUAAGUCGACUUACACUACCGAUUCCCCACAGACUAUGCACGCCAUCAAUGGAACUUCUGGGGUUGACCCACGUCAAGUGGAGAACACCUACGUUCUGGAGAACCAGCUCGAGGACGACAGCUGGAUCAUCGGCAAACGGCCCGGUCCAUACGUGGAAGAGCGCAGCCGAAGUCUCUACAUGCGCUUCGGUAAGCGCAUUGCAUUUAUGGGUCUGGACGCGCGCACAGAGCGCACCCGUCACCAGGUCAACUACCAGGAAACGUAUGAUAUGAUCUUCGAACGGUUACAGGACGAAAUCGUGUCCGCCAACGGCGACAUCAAGCACCUGGUGGUGUUGCUAGGUGUACCAAUUGCAUACCCCCGUCUCGCAUGGCUCGAGAACAUUCUCACCUCUCCCCUGAUCGCGCCCAUCAGACUAUUGAACAAGCGCUUCGGCGUGGCAGGCGGCCUUUUCAACGAAUUCGACGGCCAAGUCGAUCUUCUCGACGACCUGGACGACCACUACACCGCACGCCAGCACAAGCGCGAGCGCAGGAUGCUGAUCCACCGCCUGCAAGAGUUGGCCCGCAGCCACAGCGUGCGCGUCACCAUCCUCGGCGGCGACGUUCACCUUGCCGCGAUCGGUCGCUUCUACUCCAACCCCAAACUUAAUCUCGCCGGCGAAAAUGACCACCGCUUCAUCGUCAACGUCGUCAGCAGCGCUAUCACAAACAAACCCCCUCCCAAGGCCGUUGCCGAUCUCCUCGCCCGCCGAAACAAAAUCCACCACCUCGACCGCGACUGCGACGAGACCCUCAUGCCUUUCUUUGACAAGCAACCUGGUGGCAAGGAGAAGAGCGGGGCCUUCAAUAAGGUCACCAUGCCAUCUCGCAAUUAUGCCAUCCUCACCGAAGUCGUUGCCCCGGGGCCCGGUAACACCGGUGUUCUCGAAACCAAUUCGGUGAAACUGGAACAUCUUCCUAAGGACGGUCACGCACCACUGCAUAAGGGCGAAGUCGAUGCUGGAACUACACACAGCGCCGCUGAUGGAAUCACAUGUGCGAGUGGUAUGUUUGGCGGUCUUGACGUCUCUGUCCGUGUCGAGAUCGACCCCCAGGAUCGUAGCGCCGCUACCGAGGGAUACGGAUUUAGUAUCCCGCCCCUUUUGGCUACCGAGGGGCCCCCUUCCACUGGUCACCGACUGAGUCUGCACUCGCGCAGAUCGCACCAGGGCCGACCAUCUACGGCGCAGUAA